GUGAGCAGCUUCAACAAAAAUGAAGCUCAACAUUGCCUACCCGGCAACCGGCUGCCAAAAGAAGCUGGAGGUGGACGAUGAGGCCAAGCUGCGUGCCUUCUACGACCGCCGUGUGGCCGCUGAGGUCGAUGGCGAGGUCCUGGGCGAGGAGUUCAAGGGCUACGUUCUGAAGAUCGCUGGUGGCCAGGACAAGCAGGGCUUCGCCAUGAAGCAGGGUGUCCUGACCAAUGCCCGCGUGCGUCUGCUGAUGACCCCCGGCGACCAGGGCUUCCGCGGCUACGGCCGCCGGAAGGGCGAGCGCCGCCGGAAGUCGGUUCGCGGCUGCAUCGUGUCGCCCGACCUGGCCGUGCUGAACCUGGUCAUUGUCAAGAAGGGCGAGCAGGAGCUGCCCGGCCUGACUGACGAGGAGAAGCCCCGCAUCCGCGGCCCCAAGCGCGCGAGCAAGAUCCGCAAGAUGUUCAACCUGGGCAAGGUGGACGACGUGCGCAAGUACGUCACCAUCUACUCGCGCGAGCGGACCGACAAGAACGGCAAGAAGCACCGCAAGUGCCCCAAGAUCCAGCGGCUGGUGACCCCCGCCGCCCUGCAGCGCAAGCGCGCCCGCAAGAGCCUGAAGAAGCGCCAGCAGGAGAAGAACAAGACCGACGCGGCCGAGUACCACAAGCUGCUCAUGCAGCGCCUCAAGGAGCAGCGCGAGCGCCGCUCGGAGUCGCUGGCCAAGAAGCGCGCCAUGCGCGUGGCCAGCCAGGCCUCCAAGGAGGCCUAAGCGCCCCCACCUGGAGGCCCCCAGCGCCUAGGCCCAGGCCAGGCGGGGGGCGACCCCGGCCUCGCCUGUGACGGCGCCGGCGCGGCUGGGGCGGCUGCUCUCAGCGGGCAGCGGCAGCGGCACGUCGUGUCUCGUGGUGACGUGGCGCCGUCACGGUGCCGCAGCAGGCCGCGGCCGCGGGCCGCGGCUCCAGCUGAGGGGGGCGGGAGCCGCUGGCUCCGUCGGCCGCGGCGGCAGCGGGCGGUGCUACGGUGGGCGGUGGGGCCCGGCGGGGGAGGCAGCAUCGCCGGGCGUUGUGCCCCGCCCUUCGCACGUGUGCAUCGGAUGUAAUGUGGAAAGCUG